CCUCCCCUUCCCUGCCUGGCUGGGCGCAGCGUCGGGCGGGCGGCGGGGGCACCGUCGGGGCGCCGCCAUCUGCUUCGCCUCCUCGCGCCCGGCAGCCGCCCGGAGCCCGCUUCAAUGGGCAGCUCCCACCUGCUCAACACGGCCUUGCCGCUGGGCAUUCGACCUCCGAUCAUGAACGGCCCCAUGCAUCCCCGUCCCCUCGUUGCACUGCUUGAUGGCCGGGACUGUACGGUGGAAAUGCCAAUCCUGAAGGACGUGGCCACCGUGGCGUUUUGCGAUGCUCAGUCCACCCAGGAGAUUCACGAAAAGGUCCUGAAUGAAGCUGUGGGUGCCCUGAUGUAUCACACCAUCACUUUAACCCGUGAGGACUUGGAGAAAUUUAAAGCACUUCGAAUAAUUGUUCGAAUUGGAAGCGGUUUUGAUAACAUUGAUAUCAAAUCUGCUGGCGACCUAGGGAUCGCCGUUUGCAAUGUCCCGGCGGCCUCGGUGGAAGAGACAGCCGAUUCGACGAUGUGCCACAUCUUGAACCUCUACAGACGAACCACCUGGCUGCAUCAGGCUUUGCGAGAAGGCACCAGAGUGCAGAGCGUGGAACAGAUUCGGGAAGUUGCUUCCGGAGCAGCCCGAAUCAGAGGAGAGACGCUGGGCAUUAUUGGGUUAGGACGAGUGGGCCAAGCCGUCGCGCUGCGUGCCAAAGCCUUUGGCUUCAACGUCAUUUUCUACGACCCGUAUCUCUCGGACGGCAUUGAGCGGGCUCUCGGCCUCCAGCGGGUGAGCACCCUGCAAGACCUGCUGUUUCACAGUGAUUGCGUCACCCUCCACUGCAGCCUCAACGAGCACAAUCAUCACCUGAUCAACGACUUCACCAUUAAACAGAUGCGACAAGGGGCGUUCCUGGUGAACACGGCUCGUGGAGGAUUGGUGGAUGAAAAGGCCCUUGCACAAGCACUGAAGGAAGGCAGAAUACGGGGAGCAGCCUUAGACGUCCACGAAUCGGAACCGUUCAGCUUUAGCCAGGGGCCCUUGAAGGACGCCCCAAACCUCAUCUGCACGCCCCACGCGGCCUGGUACAGCGAACAAGCCUCGAUAGAGAUGCGGGAGGAGGCGGCGAGGGAGAUCCGGAGAGCCAUCACAGGUCGUAUUCCGGACAGCCUGAAAAACUGUGUCAACAAAGAACAUUUGACCACAGCUACACACUGGGCAAGCAUGGACCCAGGAGUUGUUCACCCGGAGCUUAAUGGCGCUACGUACAGCCGGUAUCCUCCUGGCGUCGUGAGUGUGGCUCCCCCCGGAAUCCCCACCGCCGUGGAAGGGAUCGUCCCCAACGCCAUGCCCUUGUCGCAUGGGCUGCCUCCGGUCGCCCACCCCCCGCACGCUCCUUCUCCAGGCCAGACGGUGAAACCGGAAGCGGAUAGAGACCACGCCAGUGACCAAUUGUAGCCUACGAGAUGACCCUUCCCAGCGUAGAUGGUUGCCCCAUUGGUCAAGGACGUGGUGAAACGUUCGGACAGAACCACGGCGAGCCCCUGGCGUCAGGCCACUCACCUUUUUAACGAACUGGUCCAAGAUGCAGUAUCCUAAAACGAGGAGCGGUGGGAGAGUUGAUGGAACGAAGAUCGGAAAACUUUAUUCCUCCAUAUAAAAUGUAGUUUUAUGUCCCUGUCCAGUGAACUGAAUCACAAGUUUUUUGUAUUCCUGUGGGUUCUUUGUCAAGCCAGAGAAGUUAGUAGUUAAUUAUAUCAUGAAUGUACUUGUCUGUGUACAGUUUUUAGAACAUUAACCAAGGUUUGUUUGCUCCAUUGUCAACAGCAAAAAAAAAAAAAAACUACAAAAAAAACCCACAAAGAGAGGCGUUCGACAAACCACUUUCAAAAGUUGAAAACUUUUUUUUUUGUUUCGUUUUUAUAUGUUAAAAAAAAAAAUGCCCCAAAAUUGAGGCAGUCGAUGAAACUUCUCAGGAUAAUGACUCCCACCCACCUAUUUUUUUUUCCCCCUUUCUUUCUAUGCCAUACAAGUGCAUUGUUUUUUCUACCUUCUUGUCUUAUUAUUAUUUUUUUUUAAGAAUAAUUUAAUAAAACGCAAAACACUUUUCUCCUGAUUUUGGCAUAAAUUCCCCACAUUUCAGAAUGAAGAUGUUUGAAAGAGAUUUUUGAGGUGCAAAUAAAAGUUUUUUUGUAUAAACAAGGGUCCUGCUUUUUUUUUUUUUUUUUGUCACCAGUUAAAGUAUAUAUUAUUGCUGGGGUGCAGAGAGAGAAAGAGAGAGAGAGAGAAAGAGAGAGAAAGAAGAGAGACUGACUGAGAAAGAGGCACUAGAGCUACCGAAAAGUAGAAUAUAUUUCAUCGCCUACAUGAACUCCUUCCCAGUAAUGUAGUAGGCUAGCAAUAUUUUGCGUUAAAUCAUGUUUGUGACUGUAUCCAUUUGUAUGAAUUAUUUUAAAGAAAUAAAAAUUCCAAACAAACCA